AUGCGCAUCUGCACCGGGGAGGAGGACUGGAGCACCGAGGACGAGGGCGAGGGCGAGGGCGACGGCGACGGGCCCGGCGGCGGCGCUCAGCCCGCCACGCCGGACGUGCUCGCGGGCCUGCUGGGCGGCGGGGGCCACGCCAGCAUGCGGCGGCUGGCGGCGCGCUUCGGGGUGGCGGCGCCCGACGCGGAGGGGGCGCGGCUCUUCCAGCGCUGGCUCGCCCUCCGCGGCCACCCGUGGGCGGGCCACGUCUACCUCUUCGAGUCUGCCGACGCGCUGCAGGCCCACGUGGGCUCCCGGGACUACCCCGAGCGGGACCUCGCGACGAACCGCUCCGCCUACCUGUGCGGCGCGGUCGUGUUCGAGACGUCCCCGCGGCUGCCAGAGGUGCGGUACACGCUGCGAUUCAACCGGAGCCUGCCCUACGACCCGAACCUGCCGCCCCUGGCCUCGAUGAUGAUGUCCACGAAGAUCAAGUCGGAGAGCCUGACCAAGAAGAAGGGGUCGGGCCCGCCGAAGUUCAACCCGGGGGGCAUCACGUGGUACACCCAGAGCGGCUUCCUGUCGAUGCAGCGCACCGUGGACACCUUCCUGGAGGACCUCGUGGCCGGGAUGCGCACCCGCCG